CGAGCAGGAACGUGGCAGUGCUUGCUGGCCCUGCUGCCGCAGCCCAGGAGCGUCUCCUCACGCCUCGCUCCCUGCAGGUCUUCCAUCACAGAGAAAACUGCUUGCUCAGGACACCUCUCCAGGUAGUCAUAGAGUUCUCCAGGGCACAGCCUUCUGCAGCUGCCCCAGGCAUCUGGUGGCAUCUGAUGUUGAAUGCCCAGCCAGAGAGACGCCUGCACGCUCUGCUUCCCGAGGACGCCUCGCUCUGGCCGCUGAGCUCCUGCCCCAGCCAUAAGGACAAGGGACGAUUUUGGCUGGCUUUAUGUACGUGGCCUGGAUGGAGCCCUCCUCUAGCGCCCUGGGAAAAACGAAGGAACUCAUCAAGCACAGCCGGGAGAGGAUAGGACGAACCAUCAAGGCCUCCGGCUCCAGGCUCUGCUCAUAUGCCGAACGAGUUGCCUUUUUAAUGGAUCGUUCCCGGAGCCCAGAUAAAAGCAUCCAGCCUCCAACACCAACUGACAACAUCAACCUUGGACCUUCUGCUAACCCAAAUGCCAAGCCAACAGAUUUUGACUUCCUGAAGGUUAUUGGCAAAGGAAGCUUUGGAAAAGUUCUUCUGGCCAAACGCAAGUGCGAUGGGACUUUUUAUGCAGUGAAAGUUUUGCAUAAGAAAACCAUCCUAAAGAAAAAGGAGCAAACCCACAUCAUGGCAGAACGCAACGUGCUCCUGAAAAAUGUCAAGCACCCCUUCCUUGUGGGACUCCAUUACUCCUUCCAGACCUCGGAGAAGCUUUACUUUGUGCUUGACUAUGUAAAUGGAGGAGAGCUUUUCUUCCACUUGCAAAGGGAGCGCUGUUUCCGUGAACCCCGGGCCCGAUUCUAUGCUGCAGAAGUUGCUAGUGCAAUUGGAUACCUGCAUUCCUUAAACAUCAUUUACAGAGACUUAAAACCUGAGAACAUUCUCCUGGAUUGCCAGGGACACAUAGUAUUGACAGACUUUGGACUCUGCAAAGAAGGAAUGGAGCAAGAGGAGACAACUUCUACUUUUUGUGGCACUCCUGAGUACCUGGCUCCUGAGGUGCUAAAGAAGCAGCCGUAUGACAGGACAGUAGACUGGUGGUGCCUAGGAGCUGUCCUCUAUGAAAUGCUGUUUGGACUGCCUCCUUUUUACAGCCGGGAUGUGUCUCAGAUGUAUGACAACAUUCUGCACAAGCCACUCCAGAUCCAAGGAAGUAAGACUGUGGCAGCUUGUGACAUCCUCCAGGGACUUCUCCACAAGGACCAGAAGAGGAGGCUAGGUGCCAAGUCAGACUUCCUUGAGAUAAAGAAUCAUGUAUUCUUCAGCCCAGUAAACUGGGAUGACUUGUACCACAAGAGGAUAACUCCUCCAUUCAACCCCAAUGUGGCUGGUCCAGCUGAUCUGCGACACUUUGAUCCAGAGUUCACCCAAGAAGCCGUCUCCACCUCCAUUACCCACACGCCUGACCUAGCAGCCAGCAGCUCCAGUGCCUCAGAUGCAUUUUUAGGAUUUUCUUAUGCACCGACUGAAGAGGGCAUCUAGGUUUUAUAAAGGCUUUGGGAAGUCAGAUUUUUAACUGAAUGGGUUUUAUGUUUGGGGUGUGUUGGUUUUGGUUGUGGGUUGAGUUUUUUUUGUGGGUGUGGGUUUUCUUGUUUUUGGUACUGUCCUUUGCUCAUGGUUUAAGGAAAUGGGGACUAACACACUAACUGGCUGGGAUGGAACUGUGAGCUCUUAACUUCUGCUGUUUGAAUUUCCCUCUAAGUAACUGUUUCCUCGCUGGUAGGGAAAGUGAGACACUGAUUAUUAUGAUUUCCCCCUAGAGUGUCUUGUGCUACUUGGCAGAACUGUAUGCAUUCUGUGGUUGUAUUUCUGGUAGAGGUAUGUACCAUCACCCACAUCAAUAGCUGUGUGCCUGAAACCGGCCGCUCUUAACUUUUUUAAUCUUUUGUGUGGCGCUAACUCUGCCCAGCUGUGUCAAAGCUGCUCCUUCCCAAUAUUGAGGAAUAAUUUCCUAAUAUUGAGGAAUAAUCUCACUAUUACCCAAUAGUGAGGAAAACUCUUCACACUACCACAACCUCUGGCUUCUUUCCUUUAAGGGGAGUGUGCUGGAGCAACCAGAAAGCUGUUAUGGAGAAGCCAGUUUGUGGGUUGAGGAAAGGGCAGAGUUGCUUGGAAAAACCAAAAAUAACCUUAUGGCUAAACCUGGCUUGGGAUGGGGAAUUCUUUCACAGCACACAGGCCUGAGGUACACAAACACUACUGCGGUGAGCAUGACCUGAAGCAUGUGGGGCAGAGGACAGGCCAUGGCGAUGAGACCCUGCAUGUUCUGGUGCCUGUCUGAAUGUGCCACUGAUGUAGAACAGUUAUUUAUUUUGCCUUAAUUUAAAUGCUGGUGUACUCACUCAAUGUCACUUUCUACUUUUUUAAAGUCAUUCUGUUGUUGUGGGUUGGAGAAGUGUACUAAGAGCUGCUCACACCACCGUGGGGCCAAACACAGGGUUUCCUAAAAGCUGUGUGAUGCUCAUGCUGUUAAGAAGCUUGUGCUGGAACAAACGUUUGUUUUAACAGAGGUACUUGUACGUGCUGCAGUCAUCUGCAUUAUGCUGUGGUUUGUAUUAAAGCACACACACGGCUGUC